CGCAAAUUGUGGAAUCUUAGUCGAAUCAAUAAUCAGAAACGCUUCAUUGACUCUAAUUACAGGCGCAAUUAUAGUUGUUAGUUCUUGGGUAGGCUUGACUGCAAUUAGACGAAAAAAUCUAGCCCUACUAGUCCUAGUUACGUAUUUUUAAUCGCUUUCAAGAAAAACAAUAAUUCUUUCCAGUACGGGGCUGUGCUAAUGUCAAUCACAGCUUUGGAAUUGAGCGUCGGAAUUUAUGAUUUUCUAGACAAACACAAAGUCGACGAGCAAGUCCCGAAGUAUGCGACCAAAAUUGAUAGGAACAUUCAUUUGGCGUUCAACAAGAACGACUCCGACGCGAAAAUGUGUCUGAAAAAUCUACAAACCAAAGUUUGGCUCAACUUUUUGCAAAAAUGAAAAUCAACACCUAAAAAUUGCAGUUAAAGUGUUGCGGGGCUCAUGGACCUAGCGAUUACGCCCUCCACAAAGUUAAGCAAAUUCCAGAAAGCUGUUACGAAAGAGCGGAAAGUAAAACAGAUCCGUACCCGCAUGGUUGUGCCCAAUUAAUUGCAGAUUUGCACAAAUAUGAUUUGAAAUUUUCGGCCAGUUUUAGCGUCAUUGCUGCUAUUUUUGCGGUAUAGUUUAUCACUGGAUUUAUCAUCCAGAUUCCAAUUUGUAAAAACGUCACGACUUGAUUAUUAUUAUUAUUAUCUGGAGUGGAAUUAAUUUUUGUCAAUGAUAACAACUGUUGUAGGGAGUUGGUACUGUUUUCGUGUUUCUGUUGUCCAAGAAAAAAUUGCAGCAACUAGAAGUGAGAGUCUAUGACGAAUAAUUUUUUUUAUUAUAAUUUAAUUAAAAACGGAUUAAAUAAUAAUAAUUUCAUUUAAUCUUUCUCACUAUCUCUACUAUUGUAUCAGUUAUCAAAACGCUACCUCUCGUCUUUAUCAGUUCAAAAAUCCGUUGUAGCACAGCAUUUGUCAAUUCCAUCAAAAUGAGUUGCAUUACUCAAUUUUCUAAAUAUGUGAUAUUUUUAUUCAAUGUUAUAAUUUCGAGUUGUGCCCUAAUUUUAAUUAUUUUCGGAAUCAUUUAUUUUUUUGAAGAAUCAACAGGAGUUAACAUUUUUGAAGAAAUCUAUUCACUUGGGAUUAUCUCAAUAUGUAUGGGAGGGUUUCUCAUUUUUGUCGCUGGUUUCGGGUGCUGUGGGGCCCUCCACAAGAACACUUGUCUUCUAACGACUUAUGGAUUUAUUUUGAUAUUCCUUUUUAUAGUCCAACUGAUUUUUGGAAUAUAUGUAGCGUUGAAAAUCAGUGACGAACAGGAGUUUAAAAACAAUGUUAAAAGCACAAUUGAGGAGUUGUUCAAUAACGAUACAAAAUCUUUCUAUGACAUUCAGAAAAAAUUCGAGUGUUGUGGAGUCAACAAUUUCAUUGAUUACAACACAACAGUGGGCCCUUUUCCCAAAAGUUGUUGCGAAAAGGAGAAAAGUCCUUGUUUUUAUCCUUUUGAAACUGGUUGUGUUCAAGCUUUCACCGACACUGUUUUGCAAUAUAUUCAAAUAAUCGGAUACGCUGCUAUUGCUUUCGGAGUUGCAGAGCUUCUAGGGGCAGCUUUCUCUUUCGUGCUCCGGCACGUCCACAUACGAAACAAAGUGAAAUUCUUAGAACGCUCUGUAGAAGAAACUUCGAUUUAAAAUGAAGAAUAUUGCAAUACAAGAUUGCUAUAGCGUGAAUCUUAAAAAAGAAUAAAGACUGCCUUUAAAAUAUGUAAAUAUUAAUUA